AUGGAUGAGGCAUUGAUAUCAACCAUAAACAAGCUUCAAGAUGCGUUGGCACCUCUUGGGGGUGGAUCCCAAUCUCCAAUUGAUUUGCCUCAGAUCACCGUUGUAGGAUCACAAUCUUCAGGGAAAUCAUCAGUGUUGGAGAAUAUUGUGGGGAGGGAUUUCUUACCUAGAGGCACGGGAAUCGUUACUAGAAGGCCUCUUGUCUUGCAGUUAAUCAACAGGAGAUCUUCCAAAAACCUGUCUUCUAAGCCUGACAAAAAUGAAUUACUUGAGUUGGAAAAUGAACAUCCUACAAAGGGCCAGUCAGAGGACAACGCCGAUGAGUGGGGCGAGUUUUUACACAUCCCAGGCAAGAAGUUUUACAAUUUUGAUGAGAUUCGGCAAGAAAUCGUUAACGAAACAGACAAAACAACCGGUAAAAACGCAGGAAUUUCGUCUGUGCCGAUCAAUCUGAGAAUCUAUUCUCCACAUGUCUUGACAUUAACGUUGGUUGAUUUGCCUGGUCUCACGAAAGUUCCUGUGGGCGACCAGCCUGCCGAUAUUGAGAAACAAAUCAAAGAUAUGCUUCUAAAAUACAUUUCUAAACCGAAUGCGAUAAUCUUGUCGGUAAACGCCGCUAAUACUGACCUGGCGAAUAGCGACGGCUUGAAGUUGGCGCGGGAAGUUGAUCCUGAAGGCACCCGAACAAUCGGAGUUCUCACCAAAGUUGACUUGAUGGACCAAGGCACAGAUGUGAUUGACAUUUUGGCCGGAAGAGUAAUUCCCUUGAGAUACGGGUAUAUUCCGGUUAUUAAUCGUGGACAAAAGGAUAUUGAAGUUAAAAAAACAAUCAGGUCGGCAUUAGAGGACGAGAAAAGGUAUUUUGAAAACCAUCCUUCCUACAGCUCCAAGGCGCACUAUUGUGGCACUCCUUAUCUAGCAAAGAAGCUAAACUCAAUUCUUCUCCACCACAUCAGGCAGACGUUGCCUGAUAUAAAGAAUAAGAUCGAGCUUACUCUGAAAAAAUAUCAGGCUGAAUUGAUGAAUCUUGGCCCUGAAACGAUGGACUCACCAAACUCUAUUGUGUUGAGCAUGAUUACCGACUUCUCCAAAGAAUACACUGGGAUUCUUGAUGGUGAAGCUAAAGAGUUGUCUAGUCAAGAGCUUUCAGGCGGGGCUCGUAUUUCUUUUGUGUUCCACGAAAUAUACAAAAACGGUGUCAGGGCCCUUGAUCCGUUUGACCAAAUAAAGGACUCUGACAUUAGAACUAUCAUGUACAACAGCUCCGGCUCUGCACCAUCUUUGUUUGUGGGAACUGAAGCUUUCGAGGUCUUAGUUAAACAACAAAUCAAACGGUUUGAGGAGCCGAGUCUUCGCCUUGUGAGUUUGGUGUUCGAUGAGUUGGUCCGUAUACUCAAACAAAUCAUCUCUCAACCCAAGUAUGCCAGGUAUCCUGGUCUAAGAGAGGCGAUGUCAAACUAUUUUGUGCAGUUUCUGAAGGAAGCAAUAAUUCCAACUAAUACCUUUGUUUCGGACAUAAUCCAAGCUGAAAGAACUUAUAUAAACACGGCCCAUCCCGAUCUUUUGAAAGGAUCUCAAGCAAUGGCUAUGAUUGAAGAAAAACUUCACCCAAGACAGGUGAGUGUUGACCCAAAAACAGGUAAGCCUCUUCCGAACCAAGCACCUCAACCUCAAACUCAGCAAAACGAAGAAAAAUCUAGCUUUUUCGGUGGAUUUUUCUCCUCUAAAAACAAGAAGAAGCUCGUUGCUCUAGAGUCUCCACCACCUGUCUUAAAGGCGACGGGGCAAAUGACGGAACGCGAGACAAUGGAAACUGAAGUUAUCAAGCUUCUAAUUGAGAGUUAUUUCAAUAUCGUCAAGAGAACCAUAGCCGACGUGAUUCCCAAAGCUGUGAUGCUCAAGCUCAUUGUGAAGAGUAAAAACGACAUCCAGAAAAUGCUCUUAGAGAAGUUGUACGGAAACCAAGAUCUCGCGGAUUUAACGAAGGAGAAUGACAUCACAAUUCAAAGGAGGAAAGAGUGUCACAAGAUGACUGAGAUUUUGCGCAACGCGAGUGAUAUUGUCUCGUCUGUUUAG